AUGUUGAUCCUUCGUGUUGGUGUAUUUGUCGCCACGGUGCUGGCACAGCAGGUCUAUGUAUCCACUACUGGUACAUCGACUAGACCCUACUGUGCUGCCCCCGCAAAAGCGUCCGCAGAUUUUGAUACGCCGUCCUAUCAUUAUAGCACGUUCUCCUACACUCAAACCGAAACAGUCCGCACUGCAACUUGCGCCACACUCGGAUCCACCACCACCUAUGCUGUACCCUAUUCAAAGGUUAGCAACUCGUUCUCAUCAUUGGUGACGACCUCGUGGGGAAACUGGAAUCCCGAUUCUACUGCAACAGCUACUGACACCAAAAAUCCCUAUGGACAUGCUGCCUAUACUUCACUAUGGGAGAAAGCCAAUAUCACAAGCUUCACCAGAGGCCUGUACUCCACGACGGUUUCCCCAACACCGGUGCCUACUAGCGAGCUCGUGCUUCCCCCUCCUCAAUACUUCAGACCCCAUGAUUGUUAUAAGUUCCCAAAGGACUUUGUCUUUGGCGUUGCUGCAGCGGCCGUCCAAAUUGAAGGAGCUAUUGCGGACGAAGGACGGUCGCCUGCAUUCCCCGAUAUUUUCACUGGCAUCAUCGACGAGAUGCCCACUUACCUUCUCGACGAGAUUACCGGUGGCUCCGCCGCCGUGAAUGAUUACACCACCAAUGAGCACUAUUACUUGUACAAACAAGAUAUUGAGCGGCUGGCGGCAAUGGGUGUCGAAUAUUAUUCAUUCACAAUCCCCUGGUCGCGGAUCUUGCCCUUCGUUCUCCCCGGGACCCCGGUCAACUCACAAGCGUUGAAUCAUUAUAACGAUUUGAUCAAUCUCGUCAUCAGUAAGGGCAUGCGGCCCAUCAUCACCUUGCUCCAUACCGAUACUCCCUUGGUGUUCUUUGGAGAUGAUGUCGAGGCUACUAUUGCCGAGAGAGCUUAUUUCGGCUCCCUCAACGCCGGGUACGGGAAUGCAACCUUCGAGGAUGCAUUUGUGAACUAUGGCAAGAUUGUCAUGGCCCAUUUUGCUGAUCGAGUGCCCUUUUGGUUUACCAUCAAUGAGCCGCAAAACGGUGCUACCAGUGGCCCCAGUAUUGACAAUAUUAUCAAGGCACAUGCCAGACUUUAUCAUUUCUACAAGGACAAUCUUCAUGGGACGGGCAAAAUUUCCAUGAAAAUGGGAGGCACCCCAGGAGCACCCCAGAAUCCGAAGAAUGCCUCUCAUAUUGCGGCGACACAACACUACAACGACUUUUAUCUCGGUCCAUUCUUGAACCCUCUCACCCUGGGUAUCGAUUAUCCCGAGGCAUAUAAAAUGACAAUCCAGGAUUAUAUACCUCUGGCCUUAGCGGAUCUCAAAUACCUGAAGGGAACUAUUGAUUUCAUCGCCUUUGAUGGGUACACCACGCCGACUAUCUACCCUGUUGUCAACAGUAUUGCCACAUGCGCUGCUAACAAUGCCACUUCGAAUUCCAACUACCCCACCUGUGUCGGUUCUACUUUUGAUACUGUGAAUGGAUGGGAAAUGGGCUAUCAUACCGACUACGUCAUGUAUUCGACCCCAACUUACCUACGAUCUACCGUCAACUAUCUCUGGAACACGUACAAAAAGCCCGUCAUGCUUUCCGAAUAUGGCUUCCCGAUGAAUGCCACUUCUUUCGAAUCCACGGCCGAUGCACUGAAUGAUCUACCAAGAUCCGAGUACUACCAAAGCUACAUGACAGAGAUUCUGAAAUCUAUCUGGGAAGAUGGUGUGGAUGUGAUGGGUUCUCUUGCAUGGAGCUGGGUGGACAACUGGGAAUUCGGAUCCUAUAAUCACCAGUUUGGCCUCCAGGCAGUCGACAGGGAUACCAUGGAGCGGUCAUACAAGAGGAGUUUCUUUGACCUGGUUGACUUUUACAAAACCAGAAAGACCCAUUAA